GACCAACUGAUUGGUGCAGCUAUCAAAGGUUAUAUUUGCUUCCUUUUUCCCCAGUUUUUGACAAGAGCACCCAACUAACAAAAUGGAGGAAGUCAUCCUAGUCAACCAAACUCCAGUGACGUAUUUUCGGCUUACAGGUCUAUCUGUCAAUCAGAAGGCACAGAUGGCUGCGUUUUCCAUGUUCCUUGUUUUCUACGUCCUGACCCUGACUGGCAACAUCCUCAUCAUCAUUACCAUCAUCUAUGACCCCCGGCUCCAUACACCUAUGUAUUUCUUCCUCAGCAAUCUCUCCUUCAUUGAUGUCUGCCAUUCCACUGUCACUGUCCCCAAGAUGCUGAGAGACACAUUAUCAGAGGAGAAGCUUAUCUCAUUCGAUGCCUGUGUGACCCAGAUGUUCUUCCUGCACCUCUUUGCCUGCACAGAGAUCUUCCUCCUCACCGUUAUGGCCUAUGAUCGCUAUGUGGCCAUUUGUAAACCCUUACAGUACAUGACAGUGAUGAGCUGGAGGGUGUGUGUGCUGCUGGCGGUGGCCCUGUGGACAGGGGGCACCAUCCACUCCAUAUCCUUGACCUCACUCACCAUCAAGCUGCCCUACUGUGGUCCUGAUGAGAUUGACAACUUCUUCUGUGAUGUCCCUCAGGUGAUCAGGCUGGCCUGCACUGAUACCCGUAUCACUGAGAUUCUCAUUGUCUCCAACAGUGGGCUGAUCUCCGUGGUCUGUUUUGUGGUCCUCGUGGUGUCCUACACUGUCAUCCUGGUGAGUCUGAGGCAGCAGAUCUCUGAUGGCAAACGGAAAGCCCUGUCCACCUGUGCAGCCCACCUCACCGUAGUCACACUGUUCCUGGGACACUGUAUCUUCAUCUACUCGCGCCCAUCCACCAGCCUCCCAGAGGACAAGGUAGUGUCUGUGUUUUUCACUGCUGUAACCCCUUUGCUGAACCCCAUCAUCUACACCCUUAGGAACGAAGACAUGAAGAAUGCCUUCAACAAGUUGAUGGGGAGGAAGGAGAGGAAAGGAAAAUGAAAUGUCUAAGCCUUUGGAAGCACGCUGCUCCAAAUCAA